AUGCAUCUCCCUCAGAGAAGCUCUAUCUCCGAACCCAUCAAUCAUAAUAGAAUGUUUCUCGUAUUGAGCGCUGAUACAAACGACCCUAUCCCAGUGAACACCAUGGUUGCAUCCAGCGUCGUCGUCCUCACGCCCGACCAUCCACCCCUUCCACUGGAACUCUUGGAUGAGGUAUUCCGCAUCACAGCCUCGUCCUCGACGCAGUCCUGCCUCGCACUCUGCCUGGUAUCUUCAUGGGUGUAUCGUUUGGUCAUCCCAUAUCUCAUGGACCAGGUCAUCAUCACCUCGUUCCCCAAAGCAAUCUCACUCCGUGACCAUCUCUUUCCUUCUCUACCCCGUGUAAGAAACAUCGCAGACCCCGUUCUGCACAUACAAGGCCUUUGGUUGCCUGAUCACAUCUCGCUACCACCAAGAAUCUUCCUCGCGAGCAAGAACUUGCGUCGCGCAGCUAUUCACGUCCAAGCACUCUGCAAUCUAGCUUCGGAAUGUCCCUUAGACCUGGAUAGUAACCGCGAGCUUGAUCACGACCUAGACUUGACAUUGCUGGGAGGAGGGAAGUGCAACUAUGAACACUUGACGAAAGCACGGUUUUUGAUGAGCAGGGUCACACGCCUCCACCUCGUUUCCAAUGCUCCGCCCCUGCUUUUCGAUAAUCUACCACAUGUCACCCAUCUGGCCAGCACGUGGACGUUUUCCGUUCAUGAUGUGGAACUAUUUGUCACAGCUCUGCCAGCCCUCAAGGUCCUCGUCUUCGUGAUAGAUACUCGUUUCACGUCGUCGUUUCAGAAAUUAGCCAAGGACUGCAUCUAUAGGCUUCGGAAAAAGGAGCAGUGGGUUUGGUUUUUGGAGGCAGAUAGGAGCGAGUUGAGGGCAGAGUGGGAAGAUGAAGCUAGGGGUGGCGAGAGCCUCUGGGACCGUGCGAUACGGCAAACCACGAAUUGGGAGAAGGAACGUGCGGUAGCAUAG